AGAAAAUUCUGGAGGAGAAAGAUGGUAUUCCCGAGGUGGGUCAGGAUCUAGAAUUUGAUGUGGGCACUCUGCAUAAUCUGAAAAAUGACUUGGAACAACAGAUAAGUAGUAAAUUCAUGAGAUUGACCAGUUGAAAGAGGAAAAGAAGAAGCUGCAUGAUAGAAUUUUUGAACUAGAAGGAAUGCUGACUGACAGAGGCAAAGAAUUCUUCUGUCUUCAGAGGCAAUGUGAAUGCAAAGAGAAUGAAGGUUCUACUCAGAUCAUGGAUCUAACAGGAGCUGGGUUUCUCGCAGAUAAAAUCAAUAUGAAAUCUACCAAAAAAAGGGAAAAAAUUCAGAGAAAUAAUGGAGUGAUGACGUAAUAAUGCGCGUAUUAUAAAAGUAAUGCAAAGCUGGAACACUUAUUUAUUUGCGGAGCAGCAUGGCAGCCAGCCAAGGACAAACGCGGGAGCCACUCGUCGUGACUUCAAAUCAUGGGCCCAUCACCACUACCCAAUCAUUUAACUUCUCGCGGUAAUAGUCCCCGAAACUUUGACCCCAGACACAGAUCACGAUAUAUUGAACCACGGGAGUGGCAUUGCAAUGCAAUUAAUCCCACAUUCGGAGGGUAAUCAAUUAAAAGGCAUCUUCCAAAAACUGAAGCUACAAAUACUGUACCUGUCACUUUUUACAAACAAACCCACUUUUUCAAUUGAUUUUCUUCAUAAAUUCUUAUUUUCAUUUCACUGACUAGACACAUCUCUCUGUCUCUCCCUCUCUCUUCUAGUGUUUCUCGUUUAUAUCCAUCUUUUUCAGUUCGGUUUGUCUCUACUUGUAGGUUCUUCCGAGCUCUGAAAUACAGAUGGAUUAAGCCUUGUUCGGAUGCACGCUUCCUUAAGUUGAAAACUUGUGCGAGAGAUGAGAAAGCAUCGUUUUAGUGAGUCUAUAAAGUCCUUCUUUGGCAGUCACAUUGACCCAGAAAAAGAUGAAGAGCUACGAGGAACUAAACAAGAAAUUGAGGACAAAGUAAAAAGGAUCAGGAAGCUGGUCAAUGAAGAUCAUGGAGAAGAAGAUGGCGUAUCUGUUGAAAACUCUAGAAAAGAAUCACUUGCAGAUCUGAUUGAUGAUUUCUAUGAACAUUACCAAUCACUUUAUGCUCAUUAUGAUCAUUUAACUGGAGAGCUGAGAAAAAAAGUCCAUGACAAGCAAGACAAGGAGUCUUCUUCUUCCAGCUCUGACUCAGACUCAGAUAAAUCCUCCAAGCAUAAAGGUGAUAAAAAUGGAAAAAUGGAGGGUGAGUUUCGAAAAAUGAUGGAUGAACUGAAGCUAGAACUCGAAGCAGCAAAAUCAGAAGUUACUGACCUGAAGAGGGAAUUGAUAGUUACACGUGAAGAAAAGGAAGCUCUAGACUUGGAAUAUCAAACAGCUUUGAGCAGGAUAAAAGAAGCGGACGAAGCUAACAGAGACAUGAUGCUUGAAGCUGACCGGUUAACUGUUGAAAAAUCUGAACUCUUGGCUGAGAAGGAAAAGCUGGAUCAAGAUUUGUAUAUUGCCGGUAAGAUAGAAGCUGAACAGAGUCAAAGAUUAGAAAAUAUCGACGCAGAGAGACAUAACUUACUUGUGGAGAAAGAGACUGCUAUGAGAAGGAUUGAAGAGGGAGAAAAAAUUACAGAGGACUUGAAAACCACUGUUGAUAGGCUGGAAGCUGAAAAGGCAACACUUGGGCAGGAGCUAGAAACUCUAAAGGUAGAAAUUUCUGGUACGAAGCAGCAACUGGUAUCUGCAGAUCAACAAAUCUCUAAUUUAAGCCACAAUUUGAAAGCUACUGAGGAAGAAAACGAAAUUCUGACCUUGAAAGUUGCAGAAAUUUCCAAGGAGAUUCAGCAGGCACAGAACUCAGUACAAGAACUUUUGGCUGAAUGUAGUCAAUUAAAAGACAAGUUGGGUGAGAGAGAACAAGAACUUUUGACGCUCAAAGAGAUGCAUGAAAUGCAUGGUCAUGAAUCAUCAGCUCGAAUAAAGGAGCUGGAAGGGGAGAUUCAGCUGGCACGGAGCUCAGCUCAAGAACUUUUGACUGAAUCUAGUCAAUUAAAAGACAAGUUGGGUGAAAGAGAAUGGGAACUUUUGACGCUCAAAGAGAUGCAUGAAAUGCACGGUCAUGAAUCAUCAGCUCGAAUAAAGGAUCUGGAGGGGGAGAUUCAGCUGGCACAGAGCUCAGCACAAGAACUUUUGGCUGACUCUACUCAAUUAAAAGACAAGUUGGGUGAGAGAGAAGGGGAACUUUUGAUGCUCAAAGAGAUGCAUGAAAUGCAUGGUGAUGCAUCAUUAGCUCGAAUAAAGGAACUGGAGGCUCAAGUGUCCAGCCAAGAACUGGAGGUGGAAUCAUUGCAAGCCCAGAUUAAAGAUAUGGAACUGCAGAUUGAGAGCAAGGCAACUGAAGUGCAACAAUUAAGAGAAGAAAAUAUCAGAUUUCUGUCCCAAGUUUCAGACUUUGAAAAGAUGGCAAAACAUAGAGAAAAUGAAAUUUCUGCUCUCAUCAGGAGACUGGAGGAUAACGAGAAUGAAUCAGUGUCUAGAACAGAGAAUUUGACUGCACAGAUCAACAGUCUACUUGCAGACAUGGAUUCUUUACGUGCCCACAGGGCAGAGUUGGAGGUGCGGAUUUUAUUUGAAAGCGGUGAAGCAUCAACUCAAGUCAAGGGGUUAGUCGAUCAGGUCAACAUGUUGCAGCAGGAAUUGGAGUCCCUAAAUAGCCAGAAAGCUGAACUGGAAAUGCAACUUGAGAAAAAAACUCAGGAAAUUACAGAGCAACUGAUUCAAGUGGAAAAUAUGAAGGAGCAGAUACUUGGCAUGACUAAUGAUCAACAUAGACUGCAUGAAGAGAAAGAAAGUUUGACAGAGCAAAUAAAUCACCUACAGCGGGAGGUAAACUCUCUAUGCAUCCAGAAAAGUGAGCUUGAAGAGCAUAUAAAGACUUCAAUUCUAGAGAACACUCAGUUAAGAGAGGAAAAGGUGGGGUUAGAGGGAAACAAUUCAGAAUUACAAGAAAUGUUGAAAGAGAGAGUGGCUGAGCUUGCUGCUCUCCAAGAAAAGCACGUGAAUGGAGAGAAUGAAGCUUCUGCUCAAAUAAUUUCCUUAACAACUCAGGUUAACAAUUUUCAGCAGGAGUUGGAUUUGUUGCAGAAGCAGAAAACCGAGAUGGAGUCUCUGAUUGAAAGAGAGAAACAACAAUCUUUAGAAACCCUGACCCAACUGGAGAACCAGAAAACUGAGUUGAUGAACCAGAUCGCUGACUUUACUCAAUUAAAAAAUAAGUUGGUUGAGAGAGAAGGGGAACUUUUGACUCUCAAAGAGAUGCAUGAAAUGCAUGGUAAUGAAUCAUCAGCUCGAAUAAAGGAACUGGAGGCUCAAGUGGGCAGCCAAGAAUUGGAAGUGGAAUCAUUGCAAGCCCAGAUUAAAGAUAUGGAACUGCAGAUUGAGAGCAAGGCAAGUGAAGCACAACAAUUAAGAGAGGAGUUGGAUUUGUUGCAGAAGCAGAAAACCGAGAUGGAGUCUCUGAUUGAAAGAGAGAGGCAAGAAUCUUCAGAAAUCCUGACUCAACUGGAGAACCAGAAAACUGAGUUGAUGAGCCAGAUCGCUGACUCUACUCAAUUAAGAAAUAAGUUGGUUGAGAGAGAAGGGGAACUUUUGACUUUCAAGGAGAUGCAUGAAAUGCAUGGUAAUGAAUCAUCAGCUCGAAUAAAGGAACUGGAGGCUCAAGUGGCCAGCCAAGAACUGGAGGUGGAAUCAUUGCAAGCCCAGAUUAAAGAUAUGGAACUGCAGAUUGAGAGCAAGGCAACUGGAGCACAACAAUUAAGAGAGGAGUUGGAUUUGUUGCAGAAGCAGAAAACCGAGAUGGAGUCUCUGAUUGAAAGUGAGAGGCAAGAAUCUUCAGAAAUCCUGACCCAACUGGAGAACCAUAAAACUGAGUUGAUGAGCCAGAUCGCUGACUCUACUCAAUUAAGAAAUAAGUUGGUUGAGAGAGAAGGAGAACUUUCGACUCUCAAAGAGAUGCAUGAAAUGCAUGGUAAUGAAUCAUCAGCUCGAAUAAAGGAACUGGAGGCUCAAGUGGCCAGCCAAGAACUGGAGGUGGAAUCAUUGCAAGCCCAGAUUAAAGAUAUGGAACUUCAGAUUGAGAGCAAGGCAACUGGAGCACAACAAUUAAGAGAGGAGUUGGCUUUGUUGCAGAAGCAGAAAACCGAGAUGGAGUCUCUGAUUGAAAGUGAGAGGCAAGAAUCUUCAGAAAUCCUGACCCAACUGGAGAACCAGAAAACUGAGUUGAUGAGCCAGAUUGCUGACUCUACUCAAUUUAAAAAUAAGUUGGUUGAGAGAGAAGGGGAACUUUUGACUCUCAAAGAGAUGCAUGAAAUGCAUGGUAAUGAAUCAUCAGCUCGAAUAAAGGAACUGGAGGCUCAAGUGGCCAGCCAAGAACUGGAGGUGGAAUCAUUGCAAGCCCAGAUUAAAGAUAUGGAAUUGCAGAUUGAGGGCAAGGCAACUGAAGCGCAACAAUUAAGAGAGGAGUUGGAUUUGUUGCAGAAGCAGAAAACCGAGAUGGAGUCUCUGAUUGAAAGAGAGAGGCAAGAAUCUUCAGAAAUCCUGACCCAACUGGAGAACCAGAAAACUGAGUUGAUGAGCCAGAUUGCUGACUCUACUCAAUUUAAAAAUAAGUUGGUUGAGAGGGAAGGGGAACUUUUGACUCUCAAAGAGAUGCAUGAAAUGCAUGGUAAUGAAUCAUCAGCUCGAAUAAAGGAACUGGAGGCUCAAGUGGUCAGCCAAGAACUGGAGGUGGAAUCAUUGCAAGCCCGGAAUAAAAAUAUGGAACUGCAGAUUGAGGGCAAGGCAACUGAAGCACAACAAUUAAGAGAGGAGUUGGAUUUGUUGCAGAAGCAGAAAACCGAGAUGGAGUCUCUGAUUGAAAGAGAGAGGCAAGAAUCUUCAGAAAUCCUGACCCAACUGGAGAACCAGAAAACUGAGUUGAUGAGCCAGAUUGCUGACUCUACUCAAUUUAAAAAUAAGUUGGUUGAGAGAGAAGGAGAACUUUUGACUCUCAAAGAGAUGCAUGAAAUGCAUGGUAAUGAAUCAUCAGCUCGAAUAAAGGAACUGGAGGCUCAAGUGGUCAGCCAAGAACUGGAGGUGGAAUCAUUGCAAGCCCGGAAUAAAGAUAUGGAACUGCAGAUUGAGGGCAAGGCAACUGAAGUGCAACAAUUAAGAGAGGAGUUGGAUUUGUUGCAGAAGCAGAAAACCGAGUUGGGGUCUCUGAUUGAAAGAGAGAGACAAGAAUAUUCAGAAACCCUGACCCAACUGGAGAACCAGAAAACUGUGUUGAUGAGCCAGAUUGCUGAUAAGCAAAGAAUGCUGGAAGAACAAGAAGACGCAUCCAAAAAAUUAACUGAAGAGUACAAGCAAGUCAAUGGUUGGUUUCAGGAGUACAAGUUAAACCUGGAAGUAGCCCAAAAGAAGAUUGGAGAAAUGGCUGAAGAGUUCCGAAGGAAGAUUGAGGCCAAAAUUCAAAAGGUUGCUGAAUUGGAAGAAAUCAUAGAAGAAUUGAGGAGAGAUGUAGAAGUAAAAGGUGAUGAACUCAACACCUUGGUCGACUAUGUCCGCACACUUGAAGUUAAGCUCCGUCUGUCGAACCAAAAGCUGCGAGUCACAGAACAGUUACUAACUGAGAAGGAAGAGAGCUUCAGAGACAAUGAGGCAAAGUUCCUAGAAGAACAGAAAAUUCUUGAAGAAAGGAUUACUUCAUUGGCUCAAUCACUUGCUGCCAACAGUGAAGCUUAUGACAAGAUGAUCACAGAUGUAUCCGGCAAAGUAAAGAACACAAUGGCUGGAGCAGAUAUCGUGAUCCACAAGUUCGAAGAAGAUUUUGGAAACUACGAAAGCUGUAUAGUGACAGUGUCUAAAGAGCUUCAAAGUGCAAUGCAUUGGGUCAGGGAGACAAAUAAUGAAAGAGAGCAACUGAAAACAGAGAUAAGUAGUUUGUGCAUGGAGCUGAAAGACAAGAAGGAACAGGAAUCAAUGUUCAGAGAAAGGGUUGGGGAAUUAGAAAUGAAGGCAAGAAAGGUGGAAGGGGAAAAGGAAAUUUUGAUUAAAACUGUUCAGCAGCUAGAGAUGAAGGUUGAAGUGUUGCAGAAGAUAACAAAAGAGAAGGAUGAGGGUAUAUCAGGACUUGGGGAAGAGAAAAGGGAGGCUAUAAGGCAGUUGUGCUUGUGGAUUGAUUAUCACCGGAGUCGUAAUGAUUAUCUCAGAGAAGUACUUUCAAAGAUUCCAGUCAGAGGCCGAAGGACAACUUGAAGUGGGUGUAAUUGAUGCAUAUGGUGGGUUCUCUCCUUUUUGAUUUUGCAUUAGACUAUUUUUCAUUGGUUCAUUUUUUCAGUCUUCAUGGGGUGGUUGAUAAAAAUAUUGUAGGCCAUUAUUGAACAGCAAAGCCUGCAUAUGUAUAUGAUAUAAUAUAUAUAUCAUGAGGCGUGUUUGCAUCUUAUUCAUUAA